CCAACACACAACCACUGGUUUGUCCGGGUUCAAGUCCAGGGCACGAAGAAACGCACACAAAGAAGGGUGCUGCGAUUACCGGGGGGGCGUGGAUUUUGUUUCUCUUCGUUCCCUUCCACUCACUAAUAGCCUUCGUUUUGGAUAUACAGGUUCUGCUGCUUCCAGUUGCCCGCAUUUUAGGUUAUGACCUUGGGCGUCUCUUUCGAUGGCGAACGCGCGAAAUUCAUCUAAAUUAGUAUAAUUUCAACGGCGCAACUGACCGCAGUUUGAGGGUUGCGGACUAGGACUCUAUAAUGCCGGAAGUCAUCAGCCUGUUAUCGUCGUCGCCACCUUUGAGGGCGCGUUCAAGUCCAGCUCCAAACGUCUCAUCGAAGCUGCCAGAUCGCCCAGCGCGCAUAACCAUCCUCUCUGAUGAUUCGAAUUUCGACUGGGAAGAUUCAAACCCUUCCAAGAAGCGCAGAUUGAGCCACCAGCGCUAUCUGAGCCCACCUAGGCAACUGAGCCCUCCUCCGAAGACAAACCCUUUACUGCUGUUUUCUGACUUGGAUGGGAGUAUAACAACCUCGCCCAUACCUCACUUUAAUAAUAAUUAUCAUUCGACGACAAAGAAUAGUACAUGGAAUGGCGACAUAUCAGACCCUAUAGAAUUUACAUCAUCUGCCGUUGAUCCGACAACUGCGCACAUUCGAGACAAGAAUACAAGAAUAACACCUGCUGUCAUAACAAUAGACGACAGUAUCAUAGAAUCCGAUGAGCUAUCUUCCCCUGAAGGUCCACUGAAUGUCCCACCACCAGCCAGCUUGAAAGCCAAUUUGUCUGAUAGAACAGCGAGCCUACUCGCGCGGAUCCAAAAUCGCUCCUCAGUCGAACCCACCAAAUCCAAGCAGAGGGGUGCUAGCACAUCUGCCGCCAAAUCGAUAUCCUCCAGUUCUAGAACACGGGUGCCAGACCCAAGCCAGAGGAUAGAUUUAGAUGAUGACUCCCUUCCGUCGGUACUUCCAACGUCGAGACCAAGAAGAGCGCCAAAGGCGUCUACCGCUGAUAGGGAAAUGCGGGAAGCAGAAAAACAAGCUACAAAGGAACGCCGUGAAAAGGAGAAAGAAGAAGAGAGAAAACGAAAGCAAAACUUAAAGGAGCAAAAGGCUAGAGAGAAACAACUAGCUGCUGACCUUGCGGAAGCCAACAAGCGGAAAUUUGAUAAGAAAAUUUCCACGCCAGAAAUGAUUAUAGACAUGUCCUCUACCUUUGAGGAGUCCAGUGUCGGCAACCAAGUAACGGAGUAUAUGCGACAUCUUGGAGUGGAAAAGAAUUUCAUUUCUACUCGCAUGCCAAAUAUCGUUACAUGGAGAAGGAAAGUCACUACUCAGUACAAUGACAAGGAAGCGCACUGGGAACCCUGUCCCCCAACCAUUAAAACGGAAGACCACGUUCUAUGUCUGCUAUUAGCACAGGAAUUUGUCGACAUGUCAAUAGCCACCGCAAAUGGUGAUAAUACCCUCGAUUCCCAUGUCCUCAUGAUGAAACGCACUUAUCCCGGGUGCAAACCAAUCUAUCUCAUCGAGGGCUUAUCCGUAUGGAUGAGAAAGAACAACAAUUCGAGGAACCGAGCCUACCAGGCAUCAGUUCUUCGAGAAUUGGGAAGCAGUUCCCAACCUCAGCAACAGCAACAGCUACCUAAACGCCAAAAGAAGCCCAAACAGACGGUACCCCCACCUCCACCUGUCGAUGACGACGCCAUCGAAGACGCUUUGCUCCAGCUCCAAGUGCAACAUGGAUGUCUGAUUCACCACACCACAGCACCAAGUGAAUCCGCAGAGUGGAUCAAGAAUUUCACUGAACAUGUAUCCACGAUACCUUAUCGGCAGGAGCUCAUAAACUUACAUGACGCGUCGUUCUGUAUGGAUGUUGGCCAGGUAAAGUCGGGUGAAGAUAAUAGAGAUACGUAUGUCAAAAUGUUACAGGAGGUUCAGCGCGUAACAGCCCCGAUAUCGUAUGGGAUAACAUCUCAAUAUCCCACUGUGGCGGAACUAGUGAGACAAUUGAAGGAGCAGGGGCCACUGCUCCUGGAGGACGUAAAGAAAUGUGCAAAUAGAAAUGGUGCCUUCACAGAUGCUCGCGUCGGCCCUGCUAUAAGCAAGCGUUUACAUAAAGUGUUUACCGGCUUGAACCCAGCGUCGACCGAUAUCUAAGUCCGUUCCGAAUUUUAUCUACCACGGAUCCCUCUCGUACUGUUACUACUUCUACAUCUACAUCCGACUUCAUGGUUCGAUUUUUACAUAUAAGAUCAAGUAUACCCCUGGCACGCCGCAUUGGAGACAUUUCUAUACCUAAUGCAGUUCACACUCAUGCUCCGUUUUGUUUUAUUUUUUUUGGACUGGAAUUAUUUCGAGUCGCAGUAGUAGGGUUGGAACAACUAUAUAUAUAUACCCUUUUUGUAUUCUACUCAUUUCUUGGGGAAAUGGUAUCUUCUUUCUUUCUCAAACGCCUAUGACAUAUCUCAAUAUGAAAGGUUAGAUGCAUUGCUUUAGCAUCGAUAACAGCGAACCUGGUUCUGACGGGUUUAAGUACUGGAUACCUCUAGCUAUAUAUACCAAGUGUACUCCGUAGAGUACGUUUUAUCCCGAUUCAAACGCAGCGUGCACAGGUGUGUAAGCAUCGUGAGAUUGACACUUGUGACUAGACAGGUAACAUGCAGAGAUACCAAAGUAAUUAAUUGCCUAUUCCUGAAAAUGUUAAGCCAUCUAUCAAUCUCAUCUAUAGAGAGUAGAGUAGAGUACAAUGACCUGAAUUCCUCUAGCCAGCCACCAAGCCAAAUCUAUCUAUUAUCCACCAACCAAAAUAAGUAAAAAAUAUCUAACCCCUCUAUAC